GAAAUGUUUGUAUGUAAUAGAAAUAUUUUUUGAACACAUGUUACUAACUUAUCAAGUUUUGCUACCUUCAGUUGCUCGGUUUUAUGAUGAAGAAGCUUUGGUUCAUUACGCGGCACAGAUGGGUUAUUCUAAUUUGUUUUCAGGGAUCAUCGCUUCCAAUUCAAGUAUACUCCAAGUAAAUACUCACAAUAGAGAAAUACAUCGUUUGUUACAAAUUGCAGUUUUCGGUGUUUUAGAUGAUAGAGACACCAUUGAAACACCGAGAGCUGGAAAUAUAAGAGUUGCUGAAUUGUUAGUAAAAUAUGAUGUAUAUUUAAAUCUACUGGUCGAAAAUGAAACUAUUCUAGAUCAGGCCUGUUCUCAGCAAAAAUACGAUAUGCUAAAAUCUUUGACUGAAAAUGGUGCCAAAUGUAGCAAUGGUAAUACUAUUUUGCACAAAUUAUUACAAGAUAAAGAUAAGAUAGACGAACAUGGAAAAUUUGUGAUAUAUGUGUUAGACAACUGGAACGUGGAUGUAAAUGUACAAAAUUUUGAUGGUCUGACCCCAGCACAGAUGGCAUGUAGAGGCGGUAGUCAUGAAAUUGUAAAGAAAUUGUUUGAUAAGGGAGCUGAACCAAACAUUCUGACCUUGUUUAAUUUCAAUUUGCUACAUUAUGCGAUAAUAGAAUCACAACCUGAUAAAGAAAUGAUAAACAUUUGUAUAGAGCAUGGUGUCGACAUUAAUAAGAAAAAUAGUUUUGGAGAGUCACUUUUACACUUGGCAUGUAAUCAUGGUAGUGCUGAUGCAGUUGCAACGUUACUUGAUAAAGGUGCAAAUAUCAAUGCUGUGGACUGUGCUAAUAACAACGCACUACAUAUCGCAUUAUCAACAAAGAACCAAAAAGACGAAAUAAUAGAUUUAUUGAUUGAUAGGGGUGUGGACAUUAAUGCACAAAACAAAAAAGGAAAGACACCACUACAUAUCGCUUGUAAAACUUCCUAUUACCAUGCGACACGAUUAUUACUCACAAAAGGGACUAAUAUUAACAGCAUAGAUAUCAACAACAAAAACGCACUACAUUAUGCGUCAAAAAAUUGGGCAAAAAACAGAGACAUUAUAAUUUUAUUGAUUGAGAGUAUGAUCAACGUUAAUUGCGAAAGGAAUGCAUUGCUAGCUCUACAACUUGCAAAGGAAAACAACGACAGUGAGAUCAUUGGAAAACUAAUUCAUUUUGAAUCGACUACAAAUCUGGUUGAAGACCACCAAUUAUCUGAGGAAACAUCUAAUACCGAUAAUGUCGAACACUCUGAAAGAGAGAAAUUUCAAAGCAAAGGGCGAAUUUCUGAAACUGAAGUUGGUGCAGGUUCAGUCAACUGUUUUUUUAUUCACGAUAUAAAUGAGCCAAUACCAUUUAAUCGAUACAGUAAUAGAUUUUAUUUAGACAUAAAUCAAACAAUAUUUGGAGGAGAUAACUAUAAUGAUGAUCAACAAGGAUUGCAAAGAAUACAUGAAUUCAAAGUUGCCCGUUAUAUGCGCGAUUUUGAGAAAAUGAAGCUGUUAAUAAAAGAAUGUGCUAAAGAAAACGUUAUGGACAAUGAGGGCAAUACAGUAUUACACCACUCCUCAAUUUCAGAUGAAGAUAAUGAUCAGGUAGAAGUAAUCCAUCUGCUGAUAAAGCAUGGGGUUGAUGUAAAUGCUCAGAAUAAAUACGGACAGACACCUCUACAAUUCGCGUGUUUGUGUUGCAACGAACGUACAGUACAAGAAUUAACUGUGAACGGAGCAAAAAUUGAUACCGAAGAUAAUAAAAGAAACAAUAUUUGGCAUUAUACAUUGUCGAAUCGUGUGCUUUCGACUAAUUUAGUAAACUUUUGGAUCGACAACCAUCUUGACAUUAAUUGUCAAAAUCAGUAUGGAAUAGCACCCCUACAUCUUGCAUGUGAACAAGGAGCCAAGAAAGCUAUAGUAAAAUUAAUACACGCAGGAGCAAACUCUGCUCUCUUGGACAAUGACAAAAAUAAUGCUUUACAUUACAUGGUGCGAAUUGAAAACAAUGAUGACGAUUUAUGCUCUCUGGUGACGUUUUUUUUAGUUUCAAACAUUUUUGAUGUAAACGCUCCAAACGUAUUUGGAACAACAGCGCUACAUCUGGCCUGUCAACAUUGUAACUACAAGUUUGUAAAAAUGUUACUUUCUGAGGGAGCUAGAACAGAUAUUUCGGAUAACGAUAGCAACACUGCGUUACAUUAUGCAUGUUCUUCCGCAAAACCUAACGAAAAAAUAAUAUAUCUUUUAUUACGACGUGGUUUAAACGUCAACGCACCAAAUAAAAACGGAACAUCACCGUUUCAUCUUGCUUGCAAAUAUGCUAGUUUUUCAAGUUCAGAAAUUCUGCUAGGUCGAGGAGCUAAUAAAAACGACGUUGAUCGUAAUGGAAAUAACGCACUGCAUUAUGCGUCUAGUUCAAAUUAUACAAAUACAGGUUUGAUUAACGUUCUACUUGAUAGUGGUUUAGAGGUAAAUUCGGUGAAUAAUUAUGGUGCCUCCCCCGUACAUCUUGCACGUAAAAGUGAUAACAUUGAUAUGCUAUUGGAAGCCGGCGGACAAUUGCACUCUUUGGACAACAACAAAAAUAAUAUUUUGCAUUACGUUUCACAACGGGCAAACGAAAAUGUAAAAUUAUUGAACCACUUAUUAUCAGUUGCAGAUUUUAAUCUGAAUGCACGAAAUAACUGUGGAACAACUCCACUACAACUGGCAUGCAGAAGUGGUAAUUUUCUGAUCGUAGGAAAAUUACAUGAAACUGGAGCUGAAUUAAAUAUUUUAGACAACGAUAACAAAAAUGCGUUGCAUUAUGCUUUGCAAUCACCGAAAGAAAAUACUUGUUUAGUUAAUUACUUAAUUCAUAACGGUAUUAUUGAUGUUAAUGCUCAAGAUGUUCAAGGUAAAACACCACUGGAGCUAGGUGCUGAUGCUAAAACAUGUUGAAGUUCGCAUAACCUUAGUGUUCAAAUAAAUUGGCAAAAACGAAAAAGCUUUCAACUUCUUACGUUUUAACCUCUUUGCAGUGAUUUGCGGUGGUAGUAAGGAAAUUUAUUAAAAAUACCAUAACUUGUCUUAAAUUCCAUGUGAUGACAAAUAGCUGCAAUGCCAACGUCAUUGUUUUAAAAAUAAAUUUUAUGCCUUACCAGACCACUUUUUUUCGGCAUAUACUUGUACAAAUGCAGUGAUCUAUUUUUAUUACACGUCUUCGUUUAGGUGGUUUAUUUUAUUUAAUUUCGACAUUUUAAACGAUUUCUGGC